UUAAUUUACUGUUUACAGAUGGCUCGCAGCAAGCAAACUGCUCGUAAGUCUACAGGAGGAUUACAUGUUCCCCGAAAGCAACUUGUUCGUAAGGCUGCUCGUAUGUCAGCUCCAAGCACUGGUCCAGGAAGGAAGCCACACAGAUACCGGCCUGGAAUCGUUGCCCUUCGUGAAAUCCGUAAGUAUCAGAAGAGUACAUAUCUGUUGAUCAGGAAACUUCCGUUCCAAAGGCUUGUACGUCAAAUUGCUCAAAACUUCAAGCCGGAUUUGCGUUUCCAGAGCCAUGCUGUUCUAGCGCUACAGGAGGCGUCUGAAGCAUACUUAGUUUGUCUGUUUGCGGACACUAAUUUAUGUGCAAUCCAUGCUAAGCGUGUGACUAUCAUGCCCAAGGACCUUCAUUUGGCUAGAAGGAUCAGGGGUGAACGUGCUUAA